GUGGGUUGGUCGGUAAGAGUGUGGCGACGGCUGUCCAUUGGUCGGCGCAGAAAGGGGCGGGGAAACGAGGGACAGUCAGCCUUUGAUAUGCGUGUUGCAGUGAGACGCCUAUUUGCGAUUGGUCCGUAAGGUGCGGAAGGCAACGACUGGCUUCAUUCAGCGACCGGCCCGGGGAUGGGAUGCCGGUCUUUUAUUGGCUAAUACCUCUCGAGGCCCGCAAAAUUGAGCGACCUGCGGUCAGUGAUUGACUGGCGAGGACUGGGGCGGGCGUGCAGAAAGCGAAGACAGAGUGCGAUUGGCCAGCAGCGGGAGGGCUGCGAUCCCGGCGCGGGUUCCAGAGUAGCGGCGGGCUAUGGCUUCCGGCGGCAGGCGCUGGCUGCGCGGUCUGUGGGCCGUGGGGCAGCCCCUGUUCCAAGGUCGUGCGCUGCUCGUCACCAACACGCUGGGCUGCGGUGCUCUCAUGGCGGCCGGGGACGGCGUGCGCCAAUCCUGGGAGGUCCGCGCCCGGCCUGGCCAGAAAUUCGACCCGCGGCGCUCAGCUAGCAUGUUUGCAGUGGGCUGCAGUAUGGGCCCCUUCCUGCACUACUGGUACCUCUGGCUGGACCACCUGCUCCCAGCGUCCGGCCUCCGUGGCCUCCCAAACGUCCUCAGGAAGGUCCUCAUCGACCAGCUGGUGGCCUCUCCCAUGCUAGGCGUCUGGUACUUCUUAGGCCUUGGCUGCCUGGAGGGCCAAACCCUGGAUGAGAGCUGCCAGGAGCUGCGGGACAAGUUCUGGGAAUUCUACAAGGCCGACUGGUGCGUUUGGCCAGCCGCGCAGCUGGUGAACUUUCUCUUCGUGCCCAGCCAGUUCCGAGUCACCUACAUCAAUGGCCUGACGCUGGGCUGGGACACGUACCUCUCCUACCUGAAGUACCGGGUGAGCACGGUGGGUGCACCAGGCACCCAGGGGACUCCUCAGGGGCCACAUGUGUGAACCCCCAACAGCAAUGCAUCUGCACUCCACGGUCCCUGCUGAGUCUUUCCCGCAAGAUUGAGCCCAGCCACAAGACUGGAGGAUGAGGGCUCACUUGGCGACGAGGAGUCCAGAGGGGUGUGUGACCAGACCUUCUUGCACGGACGGACCCUGGGCCCAAGGUGGGGACGCAGCCCAUGCCCUUAGAGCAGGGCCGAGCCUGGAGUUGACCUCCAGAAUCUGGGGCCUUAGGCGGGACCGAGUGGCCUCCAGUACCCUGCUCGGGUCACGGGCUGUGGAAAUUCUAUU